AUCAGCGAACAGCAGAUGAGAACGGGGGCUGCGCGUUCGACCUAGCUCUAGCAAGAAGUUAGUUCCUGCUCUACGCUGGCCGUUUCCUGUAAUCGUACAGUGUUGUGAGACGGAGAAAGCCAUGUGUGUCGAUGCAAAGGGCAUCAAUACACACAUUUAUUGAUGGAUCUCUUAGUGUUCACUCCAACCAGAGAAGCAAAAAGUAACUCCAGAGAGUAGGAGAGGAUAGAGGAGAGGAAGAGAGAGAGAGUGAAGGAGGGUGAACCGGUGGACUCUCUCUUUUCCUGUUCCUCACUCCCUGAUCAUUCGUUUCAGCAUACCUACAGAAUCUCUUCGGACUUGUUGGAUGUUUUUGUACAGACACUGGAUAUCACACAUUCUUUGCUUUUUUUCACAAACUCUUUAACAAUAUGGCAGACCCAAUUAUGGACCUGUUUGAUGACACACCACUGUUCAAUUUGGACUCCCUGCCGGAGGAUGCGUUCUCCCAGGGCUCCUCAGACCCAGUCGAGGAGGCGCUGAAGUUGGCACUGGGCCAAGUGGACCCACCUACGGACCCCACGCCGGAUCCUGGUGUCCCUGUGCUCAGUGACGUUGUCACAGAUCCAGCUCUAAUGCCAACACCUGUCGCAACUCCUGUCUCCGUACCACUGCAGACUCUUCCAGCACAGCAGGCCACCCAGAUGUCGCAUGAAGUCUCCGUUAACCCGACUCAGAUUUCCGUUCAGCCCUCUCUCUCGGUGGCUAGUAACAGCAGUGGGGCGGCAACGGUCCUGCUGAGCUCCCCUCUUGGAGUACCUGUGUCAGCGGCUCAAGUCGCCACCCAGCAGCUGCAGACUCAGCAAAUCGCUGCAGGGCAGUCGGCUCCAAAAAUUGUAAUUUUGAAAGGCCCUCAGGGUCAGACUCAAGUGCUGCAGGGUGUCACAGGAGCCACAGGCUCUCCAGGCAAAGUCACCCUCGCUAGAGUUCUGACAGGGACCCCUCUUAGGCCAGGGAUGGCGGUUGUUUCCGGGGGGACGGUAUUAAAUGCGACAUCACCUGGGCAGGGGCAGGUCAAAGUGGGCACUGGAGUCCAAAGGCUCGUUCAGACUUCAAAUGGCCCGAUGAAGCAGGUGUUACUGACCUCGAUGCCCCAGACCCAAUCGCAAGUGCAGAUACCUGCGCAGACGCAGCUGCAGUCACCAUCACAGCCGGCACAGGUUCAAACGCAGGUGCAACCUCAGACGCAGAUGGCAUUACAAACCCCAGUACAAACACAGGCCCAAGCGCAGACUGUUACAUCCUCUGGAACGACAGCAGCGGCCGUCCGACCUCAAGGUGUCACCCUUUCAGCAGUGCCACAGCAGCUGUUUUUUUUGUGCUUUCAGAAUCCUAAUAGCCCCUCUUUCUCUAUUCAGGGGGGCGAAGCAAAGAGGAUCACUCUGGUGCUACAGCAGCCCUCGCAAGGUGGAGCAGGCCAGGCUGGGACGGUGACGAUAGGGGGAACCUCAGCUGCAGGGGCGGGUCAGCAGGGCCAGCAGCACAGGCUGGUGUUGAGCUCUCUGCCAGGGAAGUUGGUCCUGCAGGGUGGCCAGCUGGCAGCUCUCGCCCAAGCUAAGGCGGGUCAAACGGGUGCACAGCCGAAAGUGCUCACCAUUCAGCUGCAAGUUCAGCAGCAACCCAACCAACAGGGAGCCAAGUUUCAGUUGGUUUCUGGGGCAGCUAAUGUUGGUGGCAGCCCUCAGGUGGUGCAGAUUUCUCAAGGCCAAGGAGGACAAAGACUAGCAGUGCCUCUUAAACUACUGCUGCAGCCACAGUCAAACACGGUAUCCAGUGCUGGUGGAGCCGUUUCUGUGGUUAAAGUUAUCAAUACCUCGGCUGCCGGCUCUGCGUCCGGCACCACCACUACAGCUGCGUCUUCCGGUGUGCGUUUGGCAAAGGCCCAGGAGCCCGUGCGGAGAGUAGAAACCCUGUGCAAGCAGGAGAAAGCAAAUCGCAUUGUUGCUGAGGCCAUCGCACGGGCCAAAGCCAGGGGCGAAAGGAACAUCCCCCGUGUGCUCAACCAGGACGAGCUGCCUGCCGGACAGACCUCAGCAGACCUAGAGGGCGUUGCAGGGGCUGCUGGAGCAAAAAAGAAAGGAGGUGGUGGUGGUGGUGGUAGUGGAGGGAGCAAGAAGAAAAGCCCAAGUUUGGGAGGAGGGAAAGUGGUGGUGGGAGGAGACAAGAAAUCCAAGGCGAAGACUCCAGGACUGGUUGCUGGAGGUGGAGGCAGUAAAAGUAAAUCCAAGAUUAAGCUCAACACCAUCACUCCAGUGGGUGGUAAGAAAAGGAAAAGAAAUCCAUCCUCUGACCACUCAGAUGUAGAUCUAAGCCCUCCUGUUUCGCCCCGCACACUGGAGGAGGAAAUGUCACAGAAGCGACGUUCUAACCGUCAGGUGAAGCGGAAGAAGUACACAGAGGAUUUGGACAUUAAAAUCACGGAUGAUGAAGAUGAAAUGGACGCGGACGUUGAUGUGACCACAACUCCCGUGUCCGCUGCAGGGCAUGUCCAGUCCAUGGGAGCAGAACUCCAGCAGGAGCUGGAUGGGGAUGGUCUUCCAAGCAUGCAGUUUUUUGUGGAGAACCCAAGUGAGGAGGAUGCUGCUAUUGUUGAUAAAAUAUUGUCUAUGCGGGUGACCAAAAAGGAGGUGUCUCAAGGGCAGUAUACUAAUGUGGAGGAAUUUUUUGUCAAAUAUAAAAACUACUCGUACAUGCACUGUGAAUGGGCCAGUCUUGAGCAGCUGGAGAGGGACAAGAGGAUCCACCAGAAGCUGAAAAGAUUCAAGACAAAACAGGCACAAAUGAGGAACAUAUUCCAAGAGGAUGAGGAGCCUUUCAAUCCAGACUAUGUGGAGGUUGAUCGCAUUUUGGAUGAGUCACAUAGUGUUGAUAAAGACAAUGGGGAGCCGGUUGUGUACUACCUGGUGAAGUGGUGCUCUCUGCCCUAUGAAGAUGCUACUUGGGAGCUGAAGGAGGAUGUUGAUGAAGGCAAAGUGGAAGAAUUCAGGAAGAUUGAAAGUCGCCAGCCCAGACUCAAGAGAACUCCUCGACCUGCUGCAAGUGCCUGGAAGAAGCUUGAUGAGUCCAGAGAGUAUAAGAAUGGAAACCAGCUCCGAGAGUACCAGCUGGAGGGAGUUAACUGGCUGCUCUUUAACUGGUACAACAGGCAAAACUGCAUCCUGGCAGAUGAGAUGGGUCUGGGGAAGACCAUUCAGUCCAUAGCCCUGCUGUCAGAGGUGUUUGCUACAGGGGUCCAGGGGCCGUUCCUCAUCAUUGCCCCUCUGUCCACUAUCACAAACUGGGAAAGAGAGUUUUCCACUUGGACUGAUAUGAAUGCUAUAGUUUACCAUGGCAGUCUGGCCAGUAGACAGAUGAUCCAGCAGUAUGAAAUGUACUGCAAAGAUGACAAGGGACACUUGAUACCAGGGGCCUAUAAGUUUGAAGCUCUGAUCACAACCUUUGAGAUGAUUUUAUCAGACUGCCCAGAGCUGAGAGAGAUUUCUUGGCGCUGUGUAGUUAUUGAUGAAGCUCACCGUUUGAAGAACAGAAACUGCAAACUCCUCGACAGCCUCAAGAUGCUCGACCUUGAGCAUAAAGUGUUGUUGACGGGCACUCCACUUCAAAACACAGUAGAGGAGCUGUUCAGUCUGCUGCACUUUCUGGAACCAGCCCAGUUCCCCUCGGAGAUAGAGUUUUUGCGCGAGUUUGGAGAUCUUAAAACAGAGGAGCAGGUCCAGAAACUACAGUCAAUUCUGAAGCCCAUGAUGCUGCGUAGACUGAAGGAAGAUGUAGAAAAGAACCUCGCCCCAAAACAAGAAACCAUUAUUGAGGUGGAGUUGACUGAUGUACAGAAGAAGUAUUACCGUGCUAUUUUAGAGCGCAACUUCAGCUUCCUUAGCAUGGGAGCCACACACAACAGCAAUGUACCCAAUCUCCUCAAUACAAUGAUGGAACUUCGAAAGUGCUGCAACCACCCUUACCUCAUUACAGGUGCUGAGGAGAAGAUAGUGUCUGAGCUGAGGGAGGUGUACGAUCCUCUGGCUCCAGACUUUCAUCUCCAGGCUCUGGUGCGCUCUGCAGGGAAACUGGUCUUGCUGGAUAAGCUGCUUCCUCGCCUCAAGGCUGGCGGGCACAAAGUACUCAUCUUCUCCCAGAUGGUGCGGUGCCUCGACAUCCUUGAGGACUACCUCAUACACAAGAGAUACCUGUAUGAGCGCAUUGACGGGCGGGUCAGAGGAAACCUGCGACAGGCAGCCAUCGAUCGGUUCAGUAAACCUGAUUCAGACCGGUUUGUCUUCCUGCUUUGUACGCGGGCUGGAGGUUUGGGCAUUAAUUUGACUGCUGCUGACACCUGUGUCAUUUUCGACUCUGACUGGAACCCACAGAAUGAUCUUCAAGCUCAGGCACGUUGUCACCGUAUUGGUCAGUCUAAAGCGGUAAAGGUGUAUCGUCUCAUUACCAGAAACUCCUAUGAGAGGGAGAUGUUGGACAAAGCAAGUCUCAAACUGGGGCUUGAUCGAGCCGUUUUGCAAAGCAUGAGUGGAAACAAGGACAGCAGCGUUAAUGGGAUCCAGCAGUUCUCCAAGAAGGAGAUAGAGGAUUUGCUUCGUAAAGGUGCUUAUGCAGCCAUAAUGGAUGAGAACGAUGAGGGCAGCCGUUUCUGUGAGGAGGACAUCGAUCAGAUCCUUCAGAGAAGAGCAACUACCAUCACUAUAGAGAGUGAAGGCAAAGGAUCCACCUUCUCCAAGGCCAGCUUCGUGGCGUCUGAGAACCGCACAGAUAUUGCUCUGGACGAUCCUGAGUUCUGGCAGAAGUGGGCCAAGAAAGCAGACAUAGACAUGGACACUCUCAACAGGAAGAACACUCUUGUGAUCGACACACCAAGAGUGAGAAAGCAAACGCGUCAGUAUUCCAGCCUACGUGGAGAGGGUGGUGAUCUGUCUGACUUGGACAGCGAUGACGACUACCCACCCCAUAAUUCCCGUCAAUCUCGGGCCUCUCGACGCUCAGACCGGCAUUCUGGUGGAGGUUACGGGCGCACAGACUGCUUCAGAGUCGAGAAACACCUACUUGUUUAUGGAUGGGGCCGCUGGCGGGAUAUCCUGUCUCAUGCUCGCUGUAAACGGCGUCUCAGUGAACGCGAUGUGGAAACCAUUUGCCGCGUCAUCCUGGUUUUCUGUCUGAUACAUUACCGUGGAGAUGAGAACAUCAAGAGCUUCAUCUGGGAACUAAUCACCCCUCCAGAGAAUGGACGAGAACCGCAGGCUCUGCUUAAUCACUCUGGUCUGUCCAUCCCUGUCCCUCGUGGCAGGAAGGGGAAACGAGUGAAGGCUCAGAGCUCUUUUGAUGUGCAGAAAGUUGAGUGGAUCCGCAAGUACAAUCCUGACAGUCUCCUGCUUGAUGACAGUUACCGAAAACACCUCAAACACCAGUGCAACAAAGUGUUGCUGAGAGUACGUAUGCUGUAUUACCUGAAGCAGGAGGUCAUUGGAGAACAUGCUGAUUCUGUAUUAAGAGGAGCUGAUGCAAGGGACAUUGAUAUCUGGUUGCCUGAAAUGGAGCAGCAAGAUGUUCCUUCUGGCUGGUGGGACGCAGAAGCUGACCGCUGUUUGCUUAUUGGAGUCUAUAAGCAUGGAUAUGAAAUGUACACCACCAUGCGUGCUGACCCCUGCUUGUGUUUUGUUGAGCGAUGUGGCCGUCCAAAUGAGCAGGACAUUAAUGCGGAGCAGCAAGCGGCAGACCCGGAGCUUGGCGAGGGAGGAGACUAUGACAAGUACUCUGAAGAUCCUGAAUUUAAACCUGCGACAAGACACACUAAGGAAGUGUAUGAGGAGGCUGAUUCGGUGAAUGCAGAUGGUGAGAUUUGUGUGGAGGAUCGCUCUGCUCCUGUGCAGGUCGAGGGGCCAUCUUCUGGAUCAUCAGAUUUGUGUUAUUGGCCGACGAGCUCAUCGCUUACAGCCAGACUACGGCGUCUUAUCACGGCCUACCAACGCAGUUACAGGCGAGAGCAGCUUAAGAUGGAGGCAGCAGAGAAGGGCGACCGUAGACGAAGACGCUGUGAACAAGCCACUAAACUCAAAGAGAUAGCCCGACAAGAACGACAACAAAGGUGGACUCGUAGGGAAGAGUGUGAUUUUUACAGGGUGGUAUCAACCUUUGGCGUCGAAAGGAUAAAGAAAGAGGUAGAGACUCAAGAAGGGGAUGAGCAUCAUAUGGACUGGAAUCGUUUUCGUUCGUUUGCUCGGCUUGAUAAGAAAACGGAUGAAAGCUUGACGCGUUACUUCAAGUGCUUCAUGUCCAUGUGUCGGAGAGUGUGUCACCUUCGGCCUGCACGUGGAGAAGAAUCUCAAGAUCUGUCUCAGUCCCUGGCUCCCAUCACAGAAGAACGAGCCUCACGCACACUCUACAGGGUCAGCUUGCUGUGUCGGCUACGUGAGCGUGUUCUUCCCCACCCGUCGUUAGAGGAGCGUCUCAGUCUGGCACCACCCAGCUCCGACCUGCCCAGCUGGUGGAGCAUCCCACAGCACGACCACGAGCUGCUCUUAGCUGCUGCUAGACAUGGCGUCAGCCGCACUGAACUCUCGAUCUUCUCUGACCCACAGUACUCAUUCAGUCAGGCCCGUCUCGACUACCUCCAGAACCAGCAAGCUCAAGCAGCUUCACAGAUUCACGCGUUAAGUCAGUCACAGGAUUCGACCGGUAUCAAAGAGGAGAGCCUAGAUGAUGAGUCUCGGCUGCUAGGGGUGGAGACCCUCUGUCCGUCAGACUCCCCAGCUAUGCUUCUUUCCCAUUCUGAGGGAAAAGUUGGAGUUCAGGCUGGAUGGGGCUGGAAGAAGAGCAAAAACAAUGGGCCGGGUGAGAGAAAAGGAGGAGGAGAGAGAGGUGAAGGGCCUUCAGACUCAGAUUCCGAUUCAGACUCGGGCUCGUCUUCCUCCUCCCGUCAUUCGGGCAGCUCGGAUGAUAGCGGAGACAGUGAUGCAGAGAGAGAACAAGCAGCAGCUCUUAAGAUGUGUGAUGGUGAUGAAGAAAACAGCAUCCUCUCCUUCACACCAUCUCAAGAAGGCACCCAACCAGAGUCCCUCACUGACCCUCUAAGAGUUGACUGGCCCAAAGACCGUGUGUUGAUAAACCGAAUAGACAACCUCUGUUCGCUGGUUAUUAUGGGGCACUGGCCGUCAGGUCGCCGCUACGUCUCUGACAUUCAGCUCAGUGCUGUGUCUGAAGAGCGUGACCUCAGCGAUGACCUGGGUUACCCCCGAGUGGCACGCAAAAGCAACAGUGCCCUAUCUGCAGACGUUCUUGAAGGCCAAGAAUCAGAGUUCACUGUAAAACUCCUGAAGGAGGAGGGGCUGAAGCUGACGUUCUCUAAGCAGGCUCUGAUGCCAAACGGUGAAGGGAGUGCACGCAAAAAGCGAAGGGACCAUGACGAGCUGGUAGAUGCCGAAGGGGUUCUCCAUGCUCCCCGCAGGAGGGACCUUCCCAACUGGCUCAAAGAAAACCCAGAUUAUGAAGUGGAGGGAGACAUGCUAGAGUUACUGGUGAACCGGACCAAAAGGAAGAGGAGGAGGAAGAGGGUUGAGAAAGGAGCAGCACUUACGGGCAGUGAGAGAGUGAAGGUCAUAGACAUAAGGACGGGCAAGAAGUUUGGUGGAAUAUACGGGCCUGCACUUCAGGACCUGAGAGAGCACCUGGAGGAGAAUCCUGACCACGCUGUAGCAUCGGAGUGGUCCGAGACUGUUCGCAAUUCGGGCUUCCUGCCUGAGAGUUUAUUCCACAGACUGUUGAGUCCCCACGCUUCAAUCCCCAAAAAGAAUCGACAUUACCUCUCCACCCCUUCGAUCCCGACUGACGACCCUCUCCUCGGAGGCGGCGAAGGCGAGACGUUAGUUUCCGAUGGCGCGUACAUGAUGGACGAUGAGGAGCUGGAAGACGGCGGUCACCUCACGUCAUCUCACCACUUCCUUACUCCAGCCUACGAUGUGAAGAUGGAGCCAAGUGCGCUCGAUAUGGACGGAGGUGACAGUUUGUCACAAGGUGGAUAUGAUAGCUCAGACAGAGAGGCCAUUUUGGAUGAUGUCAUCAUGGCACCGAAAAAUUCAGACUCUUCCUCGAGCUCCGAGGAUUGACCAAAUCUCACGUUAGAUGUAGUAGACCGAGAUCAUGACAGUCUUUUAUUUUAUUAUAUUCUGCCUUCAUUAUUUUUAUAAUUAUUGUUGAUGUUAUUGCUUAAAAUAUGGAGUAACAGGUUUUUUUUUUUUUUUUCUUGGGUUGGAUUUGUACUUGACUGUUUUGCGUAGAUUGAGGAAACAUACAGGUUUUUUUUGUUUUGUUUUUUUUCUUUCACCUCAUUCAGCACAUUGUGCUUAAUUCCAGAUGAAAUAUGAAUUUGUCUCACAUACCCACAAUAAGCCCCUUUCGUCCUUUAUUGGCUGGGAAAGGAGCCGUUCGUCUCUCACCCUCAGGCUGAACUGUUCAACAGUGUGCUGGAGGAUCCAUUGUCAUGCACUGAGCUGAGCCAUCGUGGUGCCUCGGUCUGGUGAAGAACAUGGAGUUUUUGUUGGAUGUAUAUCAUUUUUUUGUGCGUGUGUCGGGGGGGUGGGGACAGGGUAGGAUUUGGGGUUUAGGGUUAGUUACUGAAACAAUGUUAGACAGAUGAUGGCUGUAUUGUACAAAGUAGAGUUGGUCCUAUGCCUGCAAUGAUGCAAAAAUUAUGCGUUUAUUCCCGUUUCAAUAACUGACUCCAACUGUCUCUGUGAUAUAAAUAUGAAUAGCAGUCUACAGUGGAAACUGAUGUCUGUUGAUUUCAUUUCAUCAAGUGUUUAUUUAUUUGAAUGAUGACCACUCAAGGCUCUUUUUAUUGACUGCCUGGAAUACAUGCUGAGUAGAAAAACAA